GAGUCCCAGUCGUCCCUGGCGUCGCGGAGGCGGUCCACCAGCUCGAGCAGGGGGCACCUCGCGCGGGCCCCGUCGCGGCUGCAGGCGGGGCGGUCCGCGAGGUCCUCCCCGCGGGCCAGCCUGGAGCUGCUGCAGAGCUCGUGGCGGCUGGACGGCUUCGGCGAUGAGGUCGUCACGCCAACCGAGCUCGGCGGCGUCUGGGCGAAGGCGGCCGCGGCCGCGAGUGGGAGGGCGCUGACCUCGCAGGAGCUGGACCUCGUAGCCGCCGCGGUGGAGAACACGUUCGACCUCCUCGACGUGGGGGAAUCAGGCACCAUAAGCGUAUCUGGAAGUGGCUCCACUCGGCCCUGCUCGAGCUGUUCUCGCCCGGGCCGGCGACCGCGCAGGCGAUAG